AUGCUACAGUCACUUCUGCUUGCGGCUCUAGCUUGUCGGGCCUUUGCCACUCCGUGCCAUGCUCCCGAGCACUGGCUUUACAGCAGUGACUUGGACAACAAGACCCUGGACCUCCUGGAUCGACCUGACAUUGCCGGCGUCCAAUUGCUCUACUCCUGGAGAUCCCUCGAAUCUGCAAAAGACGAUUAUGCCGAAGGCUUUCAGCUGUUGCAAGGAGACCUUGACAAGGUCCAAGCCAAGGGCAAGAAGGUCUGGAUCCAGAUUCAGGACAGGACUUUCGACCCCGCAAGAGACGCAGUGCCCAGGUAUAUGAAAACGCCAGAGUACAGGAACGGCAGUUCGCCGCAGGGUGAAGCCGACGCGCGCGGCGUUUUCGAGCCGCAAGGCCACGUGGCCGCGCACUGGGUUCCGGCCGUGCGCAAGCGCUUCCAGUCACUGCUAGAUGCCCUGGGCAAAAAGUUUGAUGGCAAGAUUCACGGCAUCAAUCUUCCGGAGACUGCCAUCGACGUCACGCCCAGCUCUCCGCAGAACCACGGGUUUACCUUCGAGGCGUACUUCGACGCCGCGCUCGAAAACGCGAAACACGCCUCAAGCGUCUUCCGCAAGACGUUUGCGGUCCAGUACGUCAACUACUGGCCCGGCGCCAAUGGCAACGACGACAUCGUUGCCGCCAGGAAAUACUUUACGAGGUCGUUUGAGUUUUAUGCUCGCAACCACAUCGGUGUCGGUGGGCCGGAUCUUGUUCCUGAGAAUGCUCAAGGUCACCCGCCCUACGCGGGUGCAAUGAAGAACUCAUACCCCUUCAUUCAUGACUAUGGCAAGAGAGUCCCCAUUAGCGUCAUGUCUGCGCAAGAGCCUGAUUUCUGCCUCACCAACGGUCAAAACGGCACCAGGUUCAAGAAGGACGACUUUGUAAAGAUUGGCGCAUAUCUCCACGCCCGAAUUAUCUUCUGGGCGACAAUGGCGCCUUGGUUGAAUGGGGCGGAUGUUCCCUAUACCGGGGAUUUUUGCAAACCUUGA